GGACAAGUGAAGCUCAGAGCAGCUGUGCUUUGCCUGAGGUCACACUGCAAGACCCAGCUCCGCCCCUUUUUGUCUUGGCUCUGCCCCUCCCCGCGGGGCUUCCCAGUCCAUCCCGGGGCCAUGGACACAAAGCUGGCAGUCCACGAGGAUGCGCCUCCCCUGGUCUCCUGGGUCCCCGAGGAGGGCGAGAAACUGGAGCAGGAAGGCGAGGACCAGGCGAAGGAUCGGGGCCAAUGGACCAACAAGAUGGAGUUUGUGCUGUCAGUGGCCGGGGAGAUCAUUGGGUUGGGCAAUGUCUGGAGGUUUCCUUAUCUCUGCUACAAAAAUGGAGGUGGAGCCUUCUUCGUCCCCUACUUUAUCUUCUUCUUCAGCUGUGGCAUCCCGGUGUUCUUCCUGGAGGUGGCGCUGGGUCAGUACACGAGCCAGGGGAGUGUCACAGCCUGGAAGAAGAUCUGCCCUCUCUUCCAGGGCAUCGGGCUGGCAUCCGUGGUCAUUGAGUCCUAUUUGAACGUCUACUACAUCAUCAUCCUCGCCUGGGCUCUCUUCUACCUGUUCAGCUCCUUCACCUCUGAGCUGCCCUGGACCACCUGCACCAACUCCUGGAACACAGAGUACUGCCAGCACGCUCUGAACCACUCGGGAGCCGGCACAGGGAGCUCCACUGAGAACUUCACCUCACCCGUCAUGGAGUUCUGGGAGAGACGGGUGCUGGGCAUCACGGCGGGCAUCCAUGACCUGGGCGCCCUGCGCUGGGAGCUGGCCCUGUGCCUCCUGCUCGCCUGGAUCGUCUGCUACUUCUGCAUCUGGAAGGGCGUCAAGUACACGGGCAAGGUUGUUUAUUUCACAGCCACGUUUCCCUACCUGAUGCUGGUCAUCCUGCUGAUCCGCGGCGUGACGCUUCCUGGAGCCUACCAGGGCAUCGUCUAUUACUUGAAGCCGGAUUUGCUGCGCCUCAAGGACCCCCAGGUGUGGAUGGACGCGGGCACCCAGAUCUUCUUCUCCUUCGCCAUCUGCCAGGGCUGCCUGACGGCCCUGGGCAGCUACAACAAGUACCACAACAACUGCUACCGGGACUCCAUCGCCCUCUGCUUCCUGAACAGCGCCACCAGCUUCGUGGCUGGGUUCGUCGUCUUCUCGGUCCUGGGCUUCAUGUCCCAGGAGCAGGGGGUGCCCAUUUCCGAGGUGGCCGAGUCAGGUCCUGGCCUGGCCUUCAUCGCGUUCCCCAAGGCCGUGACCAUGAUGCCCUUGUCCCAGCUGUGGUCCUGCCUGUUCUUCAUCAUGCUCAUAUUCCUCGGGCUGGACAGUCAGUUUGUCUGCAUGGAGUGCCUGGUGACAGCCUCCGUGGACAUGUUCCCCAGGCAGCUGCGCAAGAGCGGGCGGCGUGAGCUCCUCAUCCUGGCCAUCGCAGUUGUGUGCUACCUGAUAGGGCUCCUGCUGGUCACCGAGGGCGGGAUGUACAUCUUCCAGCUGUUCGAUUACUACGCUUGCAGUGGCAUAUGCUUGCUCUUCCUCUCCGUGUUCGAGGUGGUCUCCAUCAGCUGGGUGUACGGGGCGGAUCGUUUCUAUGACAACAUCCAGGACAUGAUUGGCUACCGGCCCUGGCCCCUGGUGAAGAUCUCCUGGCUGUUUCUGACCCCUGGACUUUGCCUGGCCACUUUCCUCUUCUCCUUGAGCAAGUACAGCCCUCUCCGAUACAACAACGUCUACGUGUAUCCCGCCUGGGGCUACUGCGUCGGCUGGUUCUUGGCGUUCUCCUCCAUGGCCUGCGUCCCACUCUGCAUCGUCAUCGCCCUCCUGAAGGCCCAGGGUUCCUUCACGAAGCGCCUCCGACAGCUCAUCACCCCCGACCCGAGCCUGCCACAGCCCACGCAGCAGCUGCGUCUGGACAGCGGCCCUGGCCAGGACCGCAGGCCGUCCCCAGCGAAAGAGGGACUCGUCACCGUGGAGAAGGAGACUCACUUGUAGGACGUGGCCAGAGGCCGGGUGGUCCCUGGACCAGGAACUUAGGUCAGGGCCACCCUGCGCCCCUGGAGACAGCCGCUGCCUCCGUUUCCCCAGCACAGCUUCUCAGACAAGCUCUGGGGCGCCCCCUGCAGAUGGCCGCUUGUAGACCUCGAGGUCCUUCCUGACGGUCCAGGCAGUCCCACCGGCCAUCCUGCUUGUAACCCACCGCCCUGACUGCACGGAUGAGAAACCGAGGACCCAAGAGACACAGUGACGUUUUCAGAGUCAGGGACAGGACCGUGCCCCGGCCCCCUGUGCUGAAGCGGGUGGCACUGCUGUCACACCCUCCUGCCUUAGCUAACAAAUGUGUGUGGAUCUCCUGCCACUGCC